AUGCUGGGUGGAAGAAAAACCCUAAACCCGAAAACAAACCACCUGACCCGUUUCCAGAUCCACUUCUUCUUCCCGCACUGGCAACACACGAUGACCACGGAGACAGACGACUCUCCAGCUGUACGGCGGCGCGUGUCCUGCACAAAAUGCUUCGACGCUCUCUGGUUCUGCUACUCACCAUUUUAUCAAAUGCAGCAGUAUUACCGGAUUGGAAAACUUGAUGAUUGCACUAAGAAGUUCUCUGAUCUCUUUGAUUGUCUUUCAUUAAAGACCAAAAGCUCUUCUGAAGCCGAGAAAAUUCUGUUGGAGCAAGAGCAAGCAAUUGCAGCAAAACAUAUCUGGAUUAUGCGGACACAGGAAGAAGCUUCUAGUCACUGGAACGAGACGUUUGGGCAUUUGGAUGAUCCAAAUUAUUAGAAAGUGCAGUUUUCGCACUCUAUACUGGCUUCUUGAUGGAUAUUUUCCCUUCAAGAAACUCGAUUUUUUUUUGUUAGAGAUUUGCAGAUUAUUCUGCUGCGGGAUAAGAAAAAGCUGUUGUCAUCAUUUACCUAUGAACAUUUUAAGGUAAAGUUCACCUGGAAAGAUGAAGGGAUGUUGAGAGAUCAUUUGAAUGUAUUUGGUAACUACAGAAAUGAAAUCUUAUUCUAUUAAUAAAAGUUGGAAAUAUU